CCCUUUUCUCCCUCCUCCUCCUCCUCCUCCUCCUCCUCCUCCUCUCGGAGAUGGAUACCUCUCUUUGCCCUCCUUCCAAGUGCCGUUUCUGGAGGGUUUUCUUGGUGGGGAGCUUGUGGCUGGACCAUCUGGGCUCCGUGCUGGCGUGCCCAGCCAACUGUGUCUGCAGCAGGACGGAGAUCGACUGCAAGAAUCCCGACGAUGGGAAUCUGUUCCCCCUCUUGGAGGGGCAGGAUUCGGGGCCCAGCAAUGGCAAUGCGAGCAUCAACAUCACGGAUAUCUCAAGGAACAUCACGUCCAUACACAUAGAGAACUGGAGGAGCCUCCACACGCUCAACGCUGUCGACAUGGAGCUUUACACAGGACUUCAGAAGCUGACCAUCAAGAACUCAGGACUCCGGAACAUCCAGCCCCGUGCGUUCUCCAAGAACCCUCACUUGCGCUCCAUAAAUCUUUCCAGCAACCGGCUCACCACACUGUCAUGGCAACUCUUCCAGCCUUUGAGUCUUUGGGAACUGAGGUUAGAGCAAAACUUCUUCAACUGCAGCUGCGACAUCCGCUGGAUGCAGCUGUGGCAGGAGCAGGGGGAGGCCAAGCUGAACAGCCAGAAUCUCUACUGCAUCAACGCGGAUGGGUCCCAACUGCCCCUGCAGCGCAUGAACAUCACACAGUGUGACCUGCCAGAGAUCAGCGUGAGCCACAUCAACCUCACCGUGCGUGAGGGAGAGAAUGCCGUCAUCACCUGCAAUGGCUCGGGCUCCCCACUGCCUGACGUGGACUGGACCGUCACUGGCCUGCAGUCAAUCAACACCCACCAGACAAACCUAAACUGGACCAAUGUCCACGCCAUCAACCUGACCCUGGUGAACGUGACCAGUGAGGACAACGGCUUCUCCCUGACCUGCAUCGCUGAGAAUGUGGUGGGCAUGAGCAAUGCCAGCGUGGCGCUCACCGUCUACUAUCCCCCCCGCGUGGUGAGCCUGGAGGAGCCUGAGGUGCGCUUGGAGCACUGUAUAGAGUUUGUCGUGCGGGCCAACCCGCCCCCGACCCUGUAUUGGCUGUAUAACGGACAGCCCCUGCGUGAGUCAGAGAUCAUCCGUGUGGAGUUCUACCAGGAGGGCGAGGUGUCUGAGGGCUGCCUGCUCUUCAACAAGCCCACCCACUACAACAACGGAAACUACACCCUCAUCGCCCGGAACCAGCUGGGUGCUGCCAACCAGACCAUCAGGGGCCACUUCCUCAAGGAGCCCUUCCCAGAGAGUACGGAUAACUUUAUCUCAUUCUAUGAAGUGAGUCCCACGCCUCCCAUCACCGUGACCCACAAACCUGAGGAGGAUACCUUUGGGGUAUCCAUUGCCGUUGGACUUGCAGCUUUUGCCUGUGUCUUGUUGGUGGUCCUCUUUAUCAUGAUCAACAAAUAUGGCCGCCGGUCCAAGUUUGGCAUGAAAGGUCCCGUGGCUGUGAUCAGUGGUGAGGAGGACUCCGCCAGCCCCCUGCACCACAUCAACCAUGGCAUCACCACCCCCUCGUCGCUGGACGCCGGGCCGGACACGGUGGUGAUUGGAAUGACCCGCAUCCCAGUCAUCGAGAACCCCCAGUACUUCCGCCAGGCCCACAACUGCCACAAGCCCGAUACGUACGUUCAACACAUCAAGCGGAGAGAUAUUGUGCUGAAGAGGGAACUGGGAGAGGGGGCUUUUGGGAAGGUGUUCCUGGCAGAGUGCUACAACCUCAGUCCAACGAAGGACAAGAUGCUGGUGGCGGUGAAGGCCCUGAAGGACCCUACGCUCGCUGCCCGGAAGGAUUUCCAGCGAGAGGCGGAACUGCUCACCAACUUGCAGCACGAGCACAUCGUCAAGUUCUACGGGGUGUGCGGGGAUGGGGACCCCCUCAUCAUGGUCUUUGAGUACAUGAGACAUGGCGACCUCAACAAGUUCCUCAGGGCCCACGGCCCCGACGCCAUGAUCCUGGUGGACGGGCAGCCCCGGCAGGUGAAGGGUGAACUGGGGCUGUCCCAGAUGCUGCACAUCGCCAGCCAGAUCGCCUCGGGCAUGGUGUACCUCGGAUCCCAGCACUUCGUCCACCGCGACCUGGCCACCCGCAACUGCUUGGUGGGUGCCAACCUGCUGGUCAAGAUCGGAGACUUUGGCAUGUCCAGAGAUGUCUACAGCACCGAUUACUACAGGGUGGGUGGUCACACCAUGCUGCCCAUCCGCUGGAUGCCACCUGAGAGCAUCAUGUACCGGAAGUUCACCACAGAGAGCGACGUCUGGAGCUUUGGGGUCAUCCUCUGGGAGAUCUUCACCUAUGGGAAGCAGCCCUGGUUCCAGCUGUCGAACACAGAGGUUAUCGAGUGCAUCACCCAAGGCCGGGUCUUAGAAAGACCUCGCGUCUGCCCCAAGGAGGUCUAUGACAUCAUGUUGGGCUGCUGGCAAAGAGAACCCCAGCAGCGUCUCAACAUCAAGGAGAUAUACAAGAUCCUUCAUGCGCUGGGCAAAGCCACACCCAUCUACUUGGACAUCCUUGGCUAGCCACGCCCUACGAUCAAGAAUCCACUCCCCACCUCACCCUCCCACCUUCCUUUCUCCCCGACCCUCUCCCUUCUCCCUCUCCCCGACCCAAGAAAACAUCUCCAUAUAAACUCAAGUGCCUGCUAUAUAUACACCUCUGAACGGCGACCUGUAAGGCAGUUUGGUGAGUGUAUGUAUAUAUACAUAUUUAUAUAUAUACACAUAUAAACGUUCACCGUGUGUGCGUAUGUUUCUAAAUACCAUCCACACCGAUGCAGAAGGAAGCCUGCUGUUCCAGAAACGUUAUAAGACUUUCAGAACAACGACGUAGAAAACCUUAAAAGUAUUAAACUGAAAAAAGAAAACCUUUCUGGCCAAGCUAUGGACCACACUCAACCGGACUCAUUGCUGGAUAUGAUCCUUUGAUUCCGGCGGGACGGAGCUGAAGCCCUUGGUGCUGACAGACAGACAGACAGUCCUCCCUUUGGGGUCAAAAAUGCUGAGGAGGGUGGGGUCUGGGGGAGGUGGUCGCUGCUCAUAAGUCGUCUGCACCUGGCGUCCAGACCGACCUGAUUUGGUGAAAGAAUCCCCCCAGAUCUGUGUCCUGUGGGAUCUCACUCUGCCUCCACCAAAUGCCCCUCCCUCCUCUCUCUUCCCCACUGUCUGGCCUCCUGCCCCCGUCCCCGUCCCUGUUACUUCAGGAUGAUUUUCUUACUUGCUGAUUCUUAACCGCGUAGACUUGAUGCUUUUUGGGAUGUACAAUCAUGGCACCUACGGGUAACACAAAAAGACACACAGAAACUUGGAGGUGGCAAAAGGGAUUUUUUUGGUAUGGCUUGAGGUUUUCCCAUGCAAGCUUUCUGUCAGACUUGGAGGAGGAUCGAGGCCAGACAGCUGGAUGUGUCUCUGCCCUGGAAGAGGCGGGAGCCCUGUGCCCAGGAACACCGCCAUCUCCACGACUCUCACCUGGUGGAGACUUCUCGGCCUCUCCCUAGCUGGUCAGUCCCCCGCUGGUGGUUGGGACUGUAGAAACCCUCUUGUCAACGUUGCCCUGGGGUUGAGGAUUUGACCAGCUUAUGUUCCCCGUCCCCCAUGAGGGAGACCUCGUGGGCCCAAGGCCGCUGCCAGGUUGGUCUCCUUUCACCUGUUCCUCCUCCCCCUCCUCUAUGGAAAUCUGAAAAGGGGGAGAGCAGGAGGUGAAGGGGGACUGGGAAAGAGAAGCCGUCAAAGGGGUAUCCCACAGGGGGUGGGGAGCAGGCUGGGUCAGAAGCGUUUGGUCCCUUUGACAUUCCCUUCACAUUCCCAGCUCCUGAAAAGCUGGCUGCAUCUGCUAUUGAGCUAUGGGAAGCUGCAGAGAGUGAGGAAAUAGCCCAGAGGAUAACAGAGGGAGUGGAGAGAAGGAAGAGAAGGCAGAGGAGGAAGAAGAGGGGGAGGGGGAAGAGAAGGGAGCCAUGUUUUCUCUGGGAGACAGUCCAGCGAGAGGUCCUAUCAGGAAAUUUGGCACCUUAUUAAUGAGCUGAGGCUUGGGAACUCGGCUGGGAAGGGGAGGGAGCUGGAUCAUCUGCUCUCGGGGUGGCUUGGUGGGUAGUAAGGGGAAGGCAUAGAGGAAGGGGACGUCUUACAUCCUGGCAUGUCAAAUUGGCCACCAGUCCUUUCCCAAGCCAAUCUUUCCCAUCCUAAUGGCUUGGGUCUACAAGGGAAAGGAGAAUCCCUCAGCCAUCUGCAGUGACCCUCCUCCAAGCCCCAGCCUCCCAGUUGCAGUUUGAACCCCAAUUCUGUAUAGCUGGAUGGUUGCAAAGAGUUCUGGCAGAUAUCCAUGGGGAUGUGGAGGGGGUCAGUUUCUCAGCCUGUGCUAUUUUGAACUGAGCUGGAGGUAACUGAUACUUCUGCUUCACCUUUGGGAAAACAAGGAAUCCAUGGCUGGGGAGACUGAAUGUGCAUAAAAUGUCUCUCUUGUAAUACAAAAGGGCACUGUAGAGAAGAAGGAAAUGGACACAAUACUCACCCAGUUGGGGGAGUGAGAGAGAUGGCCUCAGAUUUUGGGCUGGUGCUACUCACUGUGAUGCAGGUGGAGGCUAGGUCUUUCCCUGUAAACAAAAUCUUUCAGUUUUCUAUUGGAUCGGCUCACUGUCUCCUCUCCCCCUCACCCUCACAUCCCUCUUCCCCCAUCCCCUCUCUCCCAUGACAUCAUUGCUCCACCCCUGCAUCAUUUAUUGCUGGAUGCUGCUGGAAUCCUGUGGAGGGAAAAAUUCCUCACAGGAACAGGUGUCGGGAGAGGUCCAGGGUCCAGUACCAGGCUCCCUUCUUUUCCGCAACAUCCACUUCCAGGUCAAAGGCUACAUACUUCUGUUGUUGUUCCUUCGGCUCUUUUGUACCAGCUUCUCUCUCCUAACCUGACUCAUUCCCAGGGCAUCUUACUGACCACUGAUUCGGAGCAAGGAAAACAGGAGGAGAGGGGAGAUGGAGACAGGGAGUGAGUGGGGUGAGAGACAAGGGAACUCCAGGAAACCAAGUGUGGAUUGGGUGUCAGACAGGCAGCCAUUCCCCAUUCCCUCCCAUCAAAAGAUGGUCCAUCUUCAUAGUGACAUCAUCCCACUCAAAAUGCCCAAUCUAAGUCCCUUGGGCCAUGUGGCUGACCUCAGGGGUCAGCACACAUUUUAAGCAACUGGCCUGCAAAGUACUUUUUUUUAAAUGACUGUGUGGUGGCAGGGACAUGAGAAAGAGUCUUUUUCCUCCUCUUUCUCUUCCCCCCCUUUCCUCCUCCUCCUCUUCUUUCUCCUCUUCCACCCCAAUCUAUUAUUGCUGCAGGUUGUGAGAGAGUUCUGACCAGUCAGUCUGAUUUGUGAGGUGUGCUAUCUGGGACAGCAGAAAGCCAGGGGAGGUGAUGGGAAAUGAACGAGAACAGUGUUGGGACCUGGGGGAUGAGGUGGCCAGUGCCUCUGGCCAGGCUGAAACCAGUGGUGGGGACCAAUCAUCAUGAAAGUUUUCCUGAGUCCUCCGCUGGCCUGCAUCAGGCCUCUGAGGUCAUCAGAAUCUAGCUUAUGUCCUCCAACCCUGUGGGGAGGGCCAGAGUCCUGGCACAGGGAAGACUGAAGCCCUGAUCUACACCCUACACCAUUCACUGGACUUUCCCAGAGGACCCAUCCUGGAUGAGGGGGAAUAGAGAAUCUGACCUCCUUCCAGGUCCUUCACUGGACCAUGAGCCUCUGGGCCCUCUUGCCAAAUUUCCCUUCUUGUUUACCACAUUGGCAGUGAGCAAGGAUAGGAGAAUCACCCUGAUCUCCCCAGCCAGUUACAACCUCUGCCCUGGAACGGGUCUGGGGGUGGCAGAGUUGAUGCCACAAGCUGAGGGGUUAGAAGUCGUGAUGCACAAGCUGUUCCCAAGGCAAUGUCCAGGAGGCAGCCCAGGGAGGGAGGGGAAAACAGGAUGCCCAUAGGGGGGUUUAAGAUCCCUCCUGACUCAGUGAGAACAUUGCUCUGUCAUCUGGUGAUUGCAUCACCUUGGUGCCAUCCCAAUCGAACGUUCAGAGACCUCUAGGGAAGACCAGGGGCCAUGAGGAGCUUGGGAUCAAGAGGGAAUUUGUCAGGAUCAGAGCUUGAGAUUGAGGUGUUUUUUCUGGAGAUUUCCCCGAGCUGGGCGCAAGGAGAAUGAGGUUUGAAUGUGAUUUAGGCCAGAAAGCUCAGGACCCCAUUUUGACUCCCAUGGUCAGGAGGAAGGCUACUUCUCUGGACCACUGGAGAUGGGGACAAGUGAGGUGGCAUCCUUUAUGGUUGCCUUGGGCAUGAGCAUGGAAGCUCCCCCUCAGUCCACCUGCCCUCUGGAAUCUUCUCUCUCCCCACCCCCACUGUCAUUCUCAGUUUGCAGAGUGAUCUUGAUGCAGUAACUCAGAGAUCCCUGGGAGAAGGAGGAGGGUCACUCAGAGUUUCUCAAUGUCCUUCUCCUAGGGCUUUGACAGCACUUGGGGUGACUUUAUCUGGGUCUGGAAUCUGACACCUCCUGGGGCAGGAUUUCAGAUUCCGUUCUCCCCAGUGGCAGGUUUCAAAGUGGUGUUGACUGGAAUGGGUCUAUAGUUGGCAGGAAAAUCAGGUGGCAUGGUCUCUUUAGCCCAAACUCUCCUCUUCUGUAUUUGGUUUAAAUGGCUCUUGUCUGGCCAGGUUGAAAAGUUGGCCCAAGUGGUGAAGUAUGAGGUUUUGAUCCUGUCUUUUAUUGACACAGUAAAAAACUCUGAUGUGGGAUUGAAAAUUUGCAACAUUUGAAGCACAAUUGAGAGGCUUAUUAGUCACUCCACUGUGAGGAGAAGAAUAGGUUAAAAGUUACCAUCCGGGAAUGGUUUCUGUUAAGUUCUGCCUGGAGGCGGAGGGCUGGACUAGAUGACCUCAUCAGGGUCCCUACCAUCCAGAGGAUUUGACAACUUUGGAAAGGCAGGGUCAGGCAGAGGUAGAAAAUCACUGGAGUGAUGAUGACAAUCUGUCAUCUGGUCACAUCUGGCUAUUACUCUCUUCCCAGAUGGGACCAUGAUGACAAUACCACAGAGAACCCUGAAAGUUCUUGCUUUCUGAGGUUGACCAGUUGACCUUUUUCUCCACUUUUGGAAGAUAGUAAUAGUAGUAGUAGUAGAAGUAGUAGUAGAAAUAGUGGUAUUAGUAGUAGGAAUCAUAU